CCUCGCUUAUGUUCCUUCGAAUCGAUAAAGUGUGGAAUGAAAAUGGCGGCGGAUUUUUUGACGUGAAAUUUCUCAAAUUUUGCUGCAUUUUGCAAGGAUCACGUACCCUAGAGUCACCAUUUAGACCAAUUUCAAAUGCCAUUUCUUUAGCAAGCAAAGCUGUGUCGUCCAUUAAGAACUAAAGCAUGGACUUUUCAGAAAUCCACGAAGGUAAGUGUCUUCGUUUAUGACAAAGCGAGCCCGACCUGAUUAAGUCUAAUCUACAUGUACCUCGUGGUUAGAGUGAGCAACAAUAUUUCAUCUUGUAAAGUACUCAAAAUAUCAAUAAGUAACUUAAGCAUGUUUAGACAUCGCACUGAUCGUAUUUUAUGGUAUGAAUGAAGUACUCCUUUCACCAAGAGAAAAAAUGCACGCGUUAUUGUCAGUUUCAGAACGACAUUGAGUCAUAUCCGCGUGCAUCAAUCAUGAGAAUUGUCAAUCAGUUGUCAACAUUCGAUUCUCGUCCACAGAUUCAGUUUUUCAAAAGAGUUAAAAUUGAUCGAUUUUUAUCGUGAGCAGAACUUGUAUAAAUGCUUUUGAGGUCUCCUAAGCUAGUAAAUUAUCACUGCCAAAUGUUUAUAUUAAUUUUUUAAAGAGGAAAUGGCCCCGGUCUAACCCCUCAAUUUUUUGGUUUUGGUAUUGAUUGCAGCCUACACAUUUGCAGGACAGUGCCUUCAAUCAAAAAUUGCUGCAGCUGCAGAAAAAUAUCUUUUGACAUCCUGGUGUAUUGAAAACUGAAUGUCCAUGCACAAAAUAUUUUUGGUGGUAAUAAGCAGAGAUAGUUAUGGGUUAAAAUCUGGGAGAUAUACAACAAUGCAUUUAAAGGCAAUUUUCAUAAAUUUAGAGGUCAGUAGAAAAAGUGAAAACUGCACAUUUGGCCCUAUCUUAUUUUUGUUUUUCCUUUUAGUCCUUUCUUCUUCUCCCCUUUCAUAAUCCAAGCCAAAAAAUGUAUGAAAAGGCAUUGUCAAAGGAGGCACUGUCCUUUGAGAGCAAUAAAAUAUGUGUCUCUUUCUUGAUUAUUUUGCUUUAUUUAUUUUUAACAGAUGAGCUUGGAAGUCUUGGAGUUGACUUUGGUAAUAAUAAUUAUUUUUAAUCAGGUUAAAGGUACUUAUUUAACUUAGUUAAUGACGAGUAGCUAGCUGCUCAGUAGUUGGCCUGGAGUUAGCGUGGCAGUGGUGUGGCGUUUGCGUUUGUUAGUGUUUUACUGGCAUGCUUUGGCGAGCUGGCAGUUAUCCUAUGCUCUGACUUUUUUGCCAGGGUUUGCUUUACUGUACUAGGCCUUUUGUGGGGAAAUUUCCGUUUCCCCUGGGUCAGCGAUUUACUGUUGCAAUUUAUAUAAGUAUAUAUAGUUUAUUUUACUGUAAUGGUUUAUGUCUUUACACUAUGUAUUCAACUCUUUCAUUUGUCUCUAUUAUUCAGAACAUGGAAUGCGGGGUCCAAGACCACCCUUCAGGCAUCGUGGACCACACCCAAUUCCUCCAUUUGGUCCUGGGGGACCACAUGGGCCCCGUAUGCCACCGGGUGGUCCCAUGCCAAGACCACCAGGUCCUAUGAUGAUGGGUCCCCCUGGACCACACCCUCGUGGACCCCAUGGGCCCAUGAUGCGAGGUCCUAUGCCUGGCCCUCCUGGUCCUCCAGGUCCCAUGGGUAUGCCUCCAGGUCACAUGCGACCAAGGAUGCCUCCAGUAGAUCAUGAUGGGCCACAUAUGUGGGGUGAUAGGGGCAGAGGGAGGAGACCUGGAAAACAACAGAUGCAACGGCAAACAAGUAGAGAAAGUCCAAAAGUGAAGAAGAGCCCAGCCAUUAACAAUAAACCAAAGUAAGUAAAAUUGCCUUUGAUGUCGGUCCUUGUAAAAAUGAAAAGGCGCACAUGGCCUAAAGGCUCAAUGGCUGGAGCUUAUCUCAGUUUCCUUAUUAUGAAGCAAGCUUAAAAGUAUUGCUACUCCUGGAUGGGAUGCUAGUCCGAGGGUUACCCCCCAGCAGCAUGUCACCGGUACCCAUUUAUACACCUGGGUGAAGAGAUACAAAGUGGAGUGAAGUUCCUUGGCUAAGGAAACAAUGUUACUGGCAAGGCUUGAAAACCUUCAGACCUGCAGUCCGAGGUGUUAACCGCUUGGCCACGCAUGCCUCCUUUUGUACAUGUAAAAAGAUAUAUGUAAAAAAUCGUGAAAUUUUGUGAUGUAUGGUAGUAAGUCAAUGUUAAGAAUUUAAGGUUUCAGUUUGUGAAACAUCAACAAAGUCAUCACUGGUAAUUAGGAGCUAGUUCAGAACAUUACGCCUUAGCUUGAGCUCAGUGGUGAUAUAAUGUAUGAGUGCUUAAAAGUUAUACAGCCUGUAGUUUCAAGGGAGCGUAAGAUUUUACUUGGGCAAAGGUUUGGUAAUUUUGAGCUCUAUAAGCCCAGCAUAUUAUGAAGCAGAAUUUAGUGGCGUUAAAAAGUCUUUAAACCUUGGAUUCAAGAUCCAUGCAUGUUUUGAGAAACCUAUCUUUUGACUUAUUCUUAAUUUUGUGUCUUAGAAAAGAAGAUUCUAAAACUGUAGAAGACUCUGGGCCAACAGCCAAAAAGGUACGAAAUUUUCUAAGGCAAUUCAGAAGCUACAUUAUACAAAUGAACAUGAAGUCUAUCCACCAAUGUUGUAGCUGUGAGAACACUUGCCUCCCAUGUAUAUGUGCAGCAUAAACAUCAAUAGCUCUGAUGACACUUUUGUUCAUCCUACCCAUGUACAUUUGAGUACUGGAAAAAAGUGCUAUGUUACAAAAUUCAUCGAGUCUGAAUCAAACAGUGGGAAUUGUCACUGAAAUAUUUUUGAUGCUUAAAAUGUUUGAUUUAAUGCUUGGGAGAAUUUAUUUCUUUGCCAUGAAGCUGUGAUUUUGUAAUUAACCAAUAAUUUUGUCACUAACAUUAAGUUCCGUCGUGAAUAAGGAGGUGUAAAUAGCAAUACAUGUAUAAGCAAAAUGAACAGCCAUGACACAGCCCCUUAAAAAAUAAAAUACAUAUAACACCGUGGUAUCAGAUACUUGUAGUACUUUGGCUUAAUAUGCUUAAGCUUUUUUGUGGUGUCUCCAUUAUGAAACAAAUAAUUGGUGUAUCAUAAUAAUAAUAAAAUAUUUGUAAAGCGCUUUACAGUGCUAUAAAAAUGCGUAUAAAAAAUAAAAUUCUAGACUAAUUUACAUAUAAUUUUUACAUUGUAGCAGAAACACAAACAAACAAAAAAAAUGAUAAAAAAUAAAAUCAUAAGAUAGUUCAUAAACUUGCUUAAAAAGAUAGGUCUUCAGCUUAGAAUUAAAUUAACUUACAUUGUCGAUCAAUCUAAUAUCAGUAGGCAAAGAAUUCCAGAGGAGAGGGGCAAGGACUGAUAGGGCCCUGAGACUGUUUGUCUUUAGGUUAUAGGGUUUAUUAACAAAUCGCCAUUUGUCAGAAGAUGAGUGAAGGCACCUCACAGUUUCAUAAACACACAAUAGUUCUACCAGUAAAGCAGGAGCUAAAUUGUUAAGUACCUUAAAACAUAUAAGAUUAAUCAUAUAUGUAUAUCUAUCAAUAAUUGAUAGAUUAUUACAUCUCUACAUAUUUCAGGCUAGUGUCGUCAGCUACUUGUAGUAUUUUGAGCUAACUAUGCUGAAGCUUUUUUGUGGUGUCUUCAUAACGAAAUAAAUUGCUAUAUCUAUUGCGUUUGAACAUAUUAUUUCAGGCCAGGAAGUCAGAAGAUGAUUUGGAGGAGCUUGAUGAGGAAAAAUUGUUGAAGAGUGAUGACGAAGGGGAUGGGUUAGUUAUUAUUUUCUCAUCUUUUUCUUGAGAGUUUUGUCUGUUGAUGCUCUUGUAAUCAGUAAUUUAUUUUCCAGUGGAACAAUCAUAGAUCUUCAUCAGAUCUAUCUGCUUUUUCUGAAAUUUUAAAUAUCUAUUUGCAUAUACUGCCGUCACCGUGAUUUCUAUUUUAUGAAAAUUAGACUUGGUAAAAUUCUAGCAUUUACAUUUUAUGACCAUUGGCAGCUGCCAUGCUUGAACCAAAUCUCCUAAAAUGUUUUGGGUGAUAAUCAAUGGUACUUGCACUAAGUGGAGGGCAAUCUAGUUUAAAAUCACGCUAACCUCACAGGAUUUUUGCAGGGCAAAUAAUGUUGACCUGGAUGCUGUAAGCAUACAUGGUGAUGAUGAGUUAGAUGACAUUGACAAAGAGAUCAAGGGGCUCUCUGAAGGAGCCGCUGAGAGCAGCAAGAAAACUCCUCAGAAAGGUACCUUUUUAAAGAUGUUGGAGACAUACAUUACCACUCAAAAGUUACCACGCUAUGCUCAAUCCAUGUAUGAAUCAAGAAUGGAGUCAACAUUGAAACUUAAUUCAUGAUUGUUGCAUCUUGAUUCUCGAUACCCAACUCACCAAACCAGAACAAUCUCUGUGAAGGUUUGUUGAUACUUAUUUCAGCUUGAUACAACAACCUUCGUUCAAGUUUUGAGUAAUAUUUAUUGUCUUUUUUCUCAAUGUUAACAAGUUGAAAUGGUUUUUGAAGCAAGCUGGCCACCCAGACAAAACCAUCCCCAACUUUUCAUGUUCAUUCAAAGCUACAUACGGUGUUGGGUAGGGAUACAAUUUUAUUAAUUGUCUGCUGUGAACUAAAGUGAUGGAUUAAUAUUAAUCAUUAUUAAUAAUUAUUCAAAGGUGCGGAGGAUAGUAAAAAGGAGACAACUCCGGUUGCUAUGGUGAAAAAAGAAAUUAAGAAUGACAGUGACAGUGAAGAUGAAGGGAAGAAGACAAGGCAGCGUUUCAAGUCUGAGAGACCUAAAGAGCAACACAAAAUUGAAAAACAUGAACCAAGUAUGUUGAAUAGGACCAGGGUACUCGAAGCUCUGAGAAGGGCUGUCACUAAGAUCUUAGGGCCAGGGAUUUCCCCUGAUUACUAUGAGCAUGAACCACGCUACUUUCAUUAAAACCAAAAGAACUUCCUAGCUGUUCAACCUCCUGGCUACUAAUUGCAUAUACCCAGCAACUUGAAAUCUUAGCAACAGUCCUGCACAAUCAAAAUUUAAUGACAAUGUGAAGUUUAUGAGCCUGCUGGAAUGGUUCUUAUAGGUGUCCACUUGCAGGAGUUCAGAAAUCAGAAAAAAUUCAAUGGCAGAACUUUAAAUCGCUGUUUGUUAUAGAAUGGCCGCUCAUUAGGUUGCAUCAAUUUGGAAAUGAUAAGAGUUCAAAUGGGGCUUUUCUUUUUUCGCUAUUUGUGAGUCUCCUUAGCAGUAUUCAGUGAGAGAGUCUUCACUCACGACUGUGAUUACUUUUUACGAACUGGUAUGUCUGGCUUUAGGAUCUUACCAUCUACUGUGUACUCUCCUAUCAAGAGACACCAUUAAUUUUAUAUUGCACUGAAGAAUGUUGUGAAAUGUAGUACCUUGCAAUAGAAAAUUAAUAACAAUAAAAACAACAAUAACAACAUUUAAUCAACAUUUUUUUCUUUGCUAGGGAGAGACUUCAGAAAACAAGAUGACAGAAACUGGUUCAGAAGAGAUCAAGGACGGGGGCGUGGACGAGGGGGACCAAUGAUGUAUGAAAAUGAUAACUCUUAUUUUUAUUUCACCUUCUAUGAGUGACGUCUACAGUUUAUUAAAGGAUCUACAAUGUACUUUGUAAAUUACAGUUAUUUUCAGCACCCAACAGUCACUGUUGUUUCUUUUUUUUUGACAAAAUCACAGCUUCUGUUAAUUGGACUAAAACCAUGCAGCCCCUUUUUUUUUUUACCUUAUUUUCAAUGCAAGAUUACCAGGUGUGCAUACAACCAUGGUGUUCUCCACUCUGUUAUCAGUUGUUCCAUUGCUAUUGUGUACUCAUUCAGUCAACACUGUGUGUAGUGUACUGGCAUUGAUAGAAAUCAAAUGUUUAGCUGAGGAUUUUAUUUUUCUUUCAGGGGACCACCCCCACCCGGGAUGAUUCGGCCAGGGAUGCAUCCACCCUUCCCCCCAAGGGGACCUGAACCCUUCAUGCAUGGACCCAGACCGGGAAUGGGACCAGGGCCAGAACAUGAUCCUGGAUUUGGUCCCAGACCCCGUUUUCCAAUGGGACCAAAUGGUCCAUUUCCUGGUCACAUGCCUGGACCCCCUGAUGGUCAUAUGCCAGGACCACCAAGUAAGUUUGCAGAAGAUAAAGAUUUGUAUAUCACAAUCUGCUCUUUUUAUUUGAAAGUUUUGUGCAUCGUCUUAGCCUGCAGUGCAGCUGUAUUUUCAGGCAAGCAAGCUGUAAAUGUUUCCUCUAUUUUUUAAAGCAAAGGAAGAUUGGGUAGUGUUAAAAGAAGAGAGGUGAAAUGGAUGAAGAGUUUUAAUGCUAAUCUCCAUCCCACCCUCCCCCCCAUCCCUUCACUCAUUCCUUUCCCACCCCCUGUGACUGGUGCAGCCUGAUCUAAGAAAAUUCCAGUGCUUGUUUGCCUCCCAAAGAUGCAUGCAUUGCAGCCUAACAUCACUCAAGACCUUGUUGAGGAUCAUUGGUCCUUAAGAUAUUAUUAUCUUUUCACUGAGAUUAAAUUCUAAUCAAAACUUGCCUAAUAUUUAUUGUUUGUUUUCAGGGCCACCACAGGGAAAGAACAUCCAUAUCAACCCUCAUUUUAGACCCCCACCUGGUGGAAGAGGAAUGCCAGAAGGUAGUUAAUGUCUUCAUCACAUGGCUUUAAGUUCUAACAGCACUUGAUGGCUCUUAGUUUCUUACUUCUGCUCUUAGGCAAAAAGAAAAUCUUAUAUUAUGAGUACGGAUUAUCAGAGUUAGUUAGUACAAGGCCUUCUGUGUGGGAGGUUGGAUUCCCAGGUGUGGCCUCAAAUCCCUGUUUUGACUUCUUUCCUUACCAUUAAGCUUUAAUUCCUUUAAAUACCUGUAAAAAUGAGCAGUGAUGGAGAGAUGGGGGUGUGAAAUGAGGGCACCGUCCACCUCAGGUGUGUCUGUCUAAUGAGUACUGUUAUGACUUACAUGUACUGUACCUAGUGUAGGUAGAUAUCCAUGUACUCUCUUAGAAUGAUUUACAGAGAUUUCAGUUACUUUUCAAGAAGGUUUCCAAGCGAGCUGAAGUAGGAGUGUUUUUUUUAAGGCUCAAGUGAAAGUUGAGACAGAGUAGGCUAUGGUAACUGUAGCAGCUUGAUUAAAUUGUUUCUUUAGGGGACCAUUAGAAUGCUUAGACUCUAAUGAGACUGUCUAAAAUGAAAAUUAAUACUUCGUUGUGUAAAAAUGUUUGGCAGUUUGCUGUGUGGUUCUGCUAAUAUUGUAUAGUGCAUCAUGUUCCCAGAUAACUUAUUGUGUUUUUCUUUUCCAUAACAGGCCCAGGUCCUAUGCGAGGACCUCACAUGGCUCCUCCAAGACCCGAUAUGCCAGGGUCCCGUAUGCCUGCACCCCAUCCUGGUCCAGUGCGUCAAGAAGGUGCUUUCCCACCAGGCCCUGGAGGAGGAGACUUUGGUCCUAGGGGACCACCUCCUGGAGGUCCCAGAGGACCCCUACCAGAACAGGGACCCAGACCUGGAAUGACUCCUGAACAUGGCCCACGCCCUAUGGGCCCAGGGGGACUUGGACCCCUCCCAGGUCCUGGACAAGGCCAUGGACAAGGACCAAGCCCAAGACCUGGCCCUGGGCACUUUCCUGAAGGUGACAUGAGACAACCCCAUGGAAUGGGCCCUGGUGUUCAACUGCCACCAAGGGUGAGAAUUAUUUCUUUACCUCUGUAAACUACACUAUCAAGACUUCUCAAAAUCAUAUCGGGGGGGAAAACGCAACUGUCAUUUUCUGAAGUGCUGAAAACUGCUCAGUGCUGAAUGGAAUGUCUUUGAUUGUGAAUUUUAGGGUAUGCUUCCAGGAGCACCAAAUGCAAUGCCACCACAUGGCCCCACUGGCCCCAUGCCGGGGCGUGGCCUAGUGCAAGGAGGACUUGGACAUCAUGGCAGUGGUCCGGGAGGUCCUGGUCCCUUACCAGGUCAACAGCAUCAGAGCAUGCCACCAAGAGGACCCUCACCAGCCAUGUCAUCUUCAGGUGUACCCCCUGGAGGCCCUAUGCACCCAGGAGCCAUGCAGCAAGGAAUACGUCCUCAAGGGAUGAAUGCUGAUGUCUCCAUGUCAGAACCUGAAAGGAUCGUAAUUGGUCAUCGUGUUACAGUGCCCAACAUGGAAGUAGCCAAUGCAGCGAUGCGACCACCGGGAUUCAAUGCCAUGGGAGCAGCAGCUGCUGCUGCAGCUGCCGCCCAGGGAGCUAAUCUAGCAGCCGCUGCUGCUGCGGCUGCAAGGCAGCAACAGUUUCCAUAUGGACAGCAGUAUCCUUAUGAUGCGUAUUCAGCCAUGUAUGGUGCAGAAUGGCAGCUGAUGCAGCAGCAAAGAGAUGCUGCUUAUGCCGCUGCUGCCGCUUAUGGUUUGGACAAACAUGCUAAGGUAAGCAGAUUAAAGGGCGCUCUCCAAAAGUCAGACUGGUCAUAUUGAAAAUGAAAUACAGUUGAACCUCCUGUAAGCAUCCACCCAAAAUGCUAAGGGUUAGUGGUCACUUCCGAGAGGUGGUCAUGAGAAUUGGCCCUCAGGGAGUUGGUUCUUUCCAAGAGUAGAUACAUCUACUUUUAGAAAGAAAAUUAAUUGCACACAAUUUCUAAGUUACAAGAUGUGUAAUUCCAUCUAACUUCUCAUUUAAGGUUAUUUUAAGAUAUUCUGAGUAGAGUAAUACACACAGUGAAUGUAGUGAACAGACCGUCUCAUACAAGAGGGUAAAAACAAUGGAAAAUUAUAAAUCCAUCAGCCCAAUAGUUACAGUCACUUUAAGUCGCAAUACUGACCAACAUCAAUUUUCUCCUAACAAUAUCCAUAUAUUGCCAAGGGAAAUGGUUAUGAGAACUAAUGAAAUGAUCACUAAGGAGAAAAUGCUUUGAUCUGUUAACUCUCUCAACUAAUUCUUUAAAGAAAUGUAUGAAGAUCAGUAUGGAGAGUAUAUAUAACAAUUAUUCACGGAAGUGGAGGUGGCUAGCGGAAGGGUAGAUUUACCGAGACGCAAAGCGGCGAUGUAAAUAUUCACCACAGAGUUGAGAGUCACACAUCCACAUUACGUGAACCAGUAGAUUAUAAUCUAAAUUUUUCUUUUAUUUUCCUCUCAUUAGAGCCACAAGUCAAAGAAGCAUCGUAGACGAUACAGUGCAGAUAGCGCAGACAGUGACUUCAGCAGUGCUUCAAGAUCGCCUUCAAGAUCUGUGUCUCGCUCUUACUCCAGAUCACCGGCAAGGUCUUGGUCGCGUUCACGUUCAUUGUCAUUGUCAAGAUCUCGAUCAAGGUGCAUUGUCAUUGCGUUAUUUCUAGAAUCAAAUUUGGGGCGGUGGUGACCUGAUACCAAUCCAAGAUAGCCAUGAUUUCAAGUACGCCAAGGGCCAAAAAUUUAGGGAACUUUAACUUGAAUGUCCGUUUAUCCAACCAUAUUGAGAAAUCUUGGGUUGUGAUUCGACGGCUAACAUGACAGUGGCCAACUCGAAAGCUGUCGCUCGUUUGGCCACUAUGCAAUUAUCUCCAAAGAUUUUCUUUUUCUUUUACGUAUCGUUAUGUAAAUGCUCGUAAAUUUGUUUUAAAACAUUGUUAAUAUUAAUGUCCUGUAAACGGUUUUAAAGUCAAAUUCAUCAACAACUGGCCGUUUUUCGAUUUCAUCAUCUGACACCAGUGAAAUGUGUUGAUUUUUUUCUGUUAACUUAUUCCGCAAAUUAAAAAGUUAAACAGUCUUGCUUGAAACGCUUAAAUCUGCCUUUUGCGUUUGUAAACUUGGUGGAUCUCUAGUGAAAAGAUUUUUGUUUUGCUGUUUUUUUUUUCUGAUCUUUUUCUGUUGUUUGUGAAGAAAAUGCCAGUUAUGCCAUGGUGUACAUGUAUAACCAACAGAUUUUUUAAUAGCCAAGCUAACCCCAAGACUCGGCGAGAUGCAUAUGAGUUUGGUUUAUCGAGUUCAAUGUUGUAUUUAUUUAGGUCAUCAUCUAGGUCAAGAUCAUUUUCAAGGUCAGUCUCGCCACGAACUCCUCAGCAGCGGUCACCUGUACGCGUAGCAAAACCACCGCCACGAUCAAGACGAAAUGUGGACAGUCGAAGAGAACGAGAAAGGGAAAAACCAGACAGAAGUCGUGAGAGAGAGAGGGACAGACCAAGGUUUGUAAAGUUCCUUCUGCUUGGUUAACUCUUCAAACAUUAAGACUGUCUAAAACCAGAUUUAAGGAAAAUCGUUAUUUCUAUUUUUAAUAAAUUAAAAAGUACCAGUGAAAUUGUGUGAAACUACUGCAAAAUAGUUUCUGUACAGUGUUUCGUCUACAGACACGAGAGUUUAUUUGUGCCUAUGGUUUUCACAACCUCGAAAAGCUUUUCAAAUUGUGACCGUCAGCCAAAGGGCAGAGUUAAAUAUGGGGAAUCUGUUCCUUACAAUAACGACACUUUGAGAUGUUCCAAUUGAAACAAUCUUUAAGUUUGAGGCUUAUCAUAGUACAUACAGUCAAAGAUCCCCUAAGUGCAGCAAUGACAUAAUGUUUCCACAGGGAACGACCUGAUAGAAGCAGUGACACAUACAGAGGCCGCGAAAGAAAUGACAGAGAAAAACCAAGAGAGAGAGAGAGGGAGCGAGAUCCACGAGAACAACACGAUUCUCGAGAUGCGCGUCAUGACAGGUCACGUGACAGAGAUCGUGAUAGAGAUAGAGGGGAUCGCGACAAAGGAAAAGAGCGAGAUCGAACAAGGGACAAAGAUAAGUCCAAGGACAGCCAUCGAAGAAGUCGAAGCAGGGAUAGGUCAUCUCACCGACGGGAGAGCAGGGAAACUAGGCAUUCUGAAAGUAAUUCGUCCAAGGUAAGGUUACGUUUCUCAAGGUCUCAGAGACUACUGAAUAGUUUUCCUUUUGAAAAAGUUAGAAGUGUGCGCGAAUUGUUGAUUAAAACAUUAUUGUAAGGUGUAGUACUACAAAUGAAUAUAAAUAUAUAUCACCAAGGUACCUCUGGUUUAUCGGUACGCUAUAUUUAGUACAAAAGGUCUUUUGAAUCUUUAAAUGUAGGCGGUUGUAUAGUAACUUUAGCUCCGUAGAGUCAACUUAAUUAUACGCUAUAAAAGUCUUCCAUCGCACUACGACGCGUUAAAAUGCUAUCUGUGCGCCAUGGUAGUAAAUAGUUGUCUACUAAACAGUAUAGCUACAUAGUUGUAAAUUUGCUCCUCGCCGAUUAAACAAAAUAUAUACAAUUCUUCGGUGCUGUGAAUGUGCCACGCCACGUGGUCAUGUUCAAUACGAACUACAGGAAGUUGUUUUCUUAUGAGUCAGUGGUUACAAAUGGAGCUCUUCUGAAUAGAAUGCGUAAAGGAUUACGCGAAGAAAGGCCGUCCAAUAUUUUCUGAACAAGUUCUACGCGGUCCACGCUUGCUCAGUUCUAGGAAGAAUCCUUCGUGGAGUGUUUAUAUCAUCAGUUUCAAACUCAGUCUCCAUGAAAAUAACCUUCUUUUCGAAUGCUGAACACUACACCUUUUUUACAUCAGUAAAACACAACGGCGUGUGAAAACUUCUUCGUAAGAUAACUUAACCUUGUGACAUAACCGUAGAAACGUCAAAAACUUCAGAGAGUGACCGUGUCUUCUACCGAGUCGGAGAUCACGAUAAAAGAACCAAUCAGCACAGUGCCUAUGAAAUUUCCCGCGUAAUAAACGCGCUGUGCGCCCCGAGUAGCGCGGGAAACCGGUUUGAGUUUCACCACUUUUACUUCUGUUUGUGGAAACAGCACGAAAAAUGUACUACGAGAGAUUGCUUUUUUCACGGUGUCUAUAACCACGACCAUUGUAUAUUCUUUUUUUAACAGCGUAUUGUGGUUGGGCCCUCUGAGAGCAAGACUAAAUCGUCGAGCGCCACGCCUGACUCAAAAGCGAACCGUGUUGUGGUCACAAAGGCAUCAAGUGGCGGCAAACCUUCAAACCGUGUUGUGAUUGGCUCAUUGCCUGAAAAUAUCACACCAAGCCGGCUAAAGGAGCUCUUGCAAGGCAUUGGACCAAUUCAGGUAUCAGAAGAAACUGUAUAAUUCACCCUUUCAACAGGUCCCAAAAUAAGAAUUCCAGAAAAAUGUUCACAAAUUCUAUUUUGUAAAAUACUAAAAAGAACUGGUGCCAUGUGAAGGAACUUGUGAAGAGCCGAGCUCUCUUUUCAGUGGUCAAACCAAAGAAUUUCGUCUACACACUCGAAAGUUAAAACCAAAUAGUAAAUAAAUGGUAUCAUGUUGAAGAGGGUUGAUGUGAAAUCAUGGUCACACCAUGGAUAGGAUUCCAUCCACAGACUCAAAAGUUAAGACUAUAUACUAGAUGAAUAGUACCAUGUGAAAGUACUGCUGAAGAUGUUUCAUUUGAAUGGUCACACCAUAGGAUUGCGGGCUGUACUAAUUUGUAACAAGCCUAGUUCAUGUGAGUAAAUAAGAUAAAAUAACUUAGUUUGUUUAGUGAGUGACUUUUGUGUGUUUACAUUCCCAGCAACUUAAGAUGUCUACCACAAAACACAAGGCUUUGGUGACAUUUGAAAAGAAUGAACAUGCACUGGCUUGUCGCCGCAAAUUUCACAGGUAACCUGACACUUAAUAUUGUUUCAAGUUUCUUUGUUUUGUUUUAAACAAGAAUUCCCCCUUUAUCGAUGCUUCAAUCUACCUCUACUUCUACUUCUUUUCAGAACCGUAGUGGACGACAGCCAAGUCACAGUUGACUUUCUCUGAUGAUUUUUCUUUUUUGCCAAGAAACUUCUCCGUGAUUUUGACUUUUUUUGUGUGUGUGAUGUCCUGUUGUUGUGAUGUGUAUGUUGUUGUUUUGAACAUAAAACCUGGCUUUGGGACCAAAUUAUUAGAAGGGGAAACUGAUCAACUAUCUUUAAAAAGGCCUUUGUAAAUAAAUCACUUUUGGCAAGAAGCCUUUGUGUAGAUAAGUACAUCUGAUAGAAGUCUAACUUCUGCUUUUCUGUUAGUUAACUUAAAUGUGGACUGAUUCAUGUUGAUAGAACUUUUCUCGACAGCGUUUUAGUAUCGUUUUUAAUGUGCUUGAAUAUGUUUAUCCACACAAGAAAAGCAUUAUGAUAUUAGUUUGUCGACUUUUUAUAGAUAUUUUCCCAAAACUGCGAUUUCCUCCUAUCGUUAUUCACGUUUUUUUUUUUCUGUUAAUAAGCUUAAUCAUAAAUCCCGAACAAUUUUGUUCGCAUUUUAAGGGUAAAAGCGGUCGAUUUAUCGCUAUACUGGCUCUAUAUCAAAGCAAACAUUUAGUGGGUUGAUUGGUAUGAUAUAAGAGAAUAAUUUAUUAACAAGAAGUUCUUUAUGUAAUGAAAUUUUUACCAUUUUUUUCUUUUUUGCUCCAAUUGGCUGGGGAUGGGGUUUAGAUCAACAAGGUUAUAUGUCCUUUUGUAUUGUUCUUCUCUGUUAAGGUAUAAUUUAGCAAUAAUGGAGUCAAUAAUGGAGAUAUCUAACGUGGUUUUAACUAAGAGAUAAUAAUGAGACGGAGAGUGAAACGCCCAGUCUAGCUCUUGAGAUAUGUGAAUUUCACCAAGUUAUUUUUAGACCAAUUAAACCCUUGAAAUUAACUGCGAGUCGGUUUCCGGAGAAGUCCGCAAACUUUUAUUCAGUGUUGUCAUGAGAGAAUUCAUUUAAACUGUCGCCAUUACAAUAUUAGGGACCUUAAGAUCCGACGACGGCGACGGCAAUGAGAACGUCACAAAAGCAAUAGGUUUAAUAAUCAAAACAACAAUUUUGUACGUCCAUUGCCCUUUUUUGUAGAUUUCUUUGCCGUCACUGCACGACUACAACGUGAAAAUGCCUAAUUUCACGUUGUACAGAGGAAAGUACACAAGCGACGACGAAAUUUCCUCCCUCUUUCUGAACUUGGAUAUGGUUCUUAGGAAUUCAACUUUGGAAGGGUUCGCUAUGAAGAUUGAAAGGACGCGAAUUCACUUUUUCAGCGACGUUUUCUCUGCCGUCGCCGUCCUCAGAUCUUAAGGUCCCUAUCCCGCACUGUUUGCUUUGAGGCAGUCGCGCGUAGACUUGAUGACGUUUCAAACAGUCGAUCAAAAUGUGCGGACGUCUUAGGGGUUAUACUUCCGUUCACUUGCAACCUCUAGAAAUAGUUGUUAGUAAAAUUCACAUAUCUCGGCCAACGCCCUAAGAUUCUCUCUCUGUCUUAUAAUUCUCUCUUGUUUUAACGUAUGAGUCUGGGUGAAACCAGGCAAUGUUACUACUCAAAUGAAAGCUACCGAGCAAUACUUUGCUGCGGUGCUGUCAUUAUACAAACAGUGAUUCUUAAUUUUGGAUCUCGAGGAUAUCAUUCAACUGAAACCUAAUACUUUCUUUUAUCUGGUCCACUCUGGGAUUAAAAGGUCAAAAUACGCGUAGGUUGAAUUUCAAGAAUGUGUCUCUCAAAUAUUAGAAAAGCAAGAAUGAGAAGUGAUAAGUCUGUGCUAUCUAUCUCUCUGAAACAUCAGAGUUCAAGUCCGUUUUCAUCGUAGCCGUCCAUAACUGAAAAUAUCUGAAAGGAAACAUAGAGCAUUAGUUAUCAAUUCGAGUCUGAAAAAAGUUGUUUCCAAAUUGUUACCAAAACACGAGGGGUCAUGUUUGCAGAGACAUAUCCCAGGGAUAUGUUAGAGGACUUCUCCCAGGGAUAUAUUAUUAGAUGCAUUUGGUAGGGAUAUCCUAGGGGUGUGAAGCCAUGAAGCCUCGUGUGUACAGUUUUACAACACAUCCCUGCAACGGACCCAGUUAUUAAGCCUAUCGGGGACUUGUUUCAAAUCAGUCUUCGUGUACUCUACGUGAUUUUGUUACUGCUUCGCGUCGAUCAGUACCAUGUGACCCUCGUGUUUCCCUUUAAUUUCUGGGGUUUGCAUCAUUGUGUAGUGGAUACGAAAACGUUUUAUUAGUUAUCUCUUACGCAGUCAGCAAACAAAUUCUUUGAUUCCAAGGCUCUCCUCUCCAGGGUAUAUGAAACAACUUUUCUGUUACGCCAUCUGACACAUCGCUGAUGAAGUUCGACCGAUUCGGACGAAACAUUCGUUUUGGAAUUUCCUAUACUGAAAAUUUUUCGAUGACGUUACUUUCACUUUCUGUCUUAGUUCUUGGUGACUUAGGAUAAAAAGUUAAAUUGUUUUGCAAAGUGCCAGGUUUUAUGUUGUGUGUUACUCUGUUAUGUUCUGUGUUUGUGGUUUACUUAAGGCGAUGAUUAUUGAGAAACGCAUUUCUAUAAAGAAGAACUUCCAAGUUACGUACAACCAUGCAAGAACUUGUACCGAAAAAAGACCAUCUCUAAGGUGACUGUAAUACAAGCCAUUUUCCUCAAAUGUUGGACAGCUCAAUUUCAUGGUUUCAGAGAAGUUGACAUUACAAAAGCUUGGAGCUGGAUCUCUUUCACUUAAACUGCAAGACACCUUGGAUCAUGUGUAAAGAAACAGGUUUUUACACGUAUCUGUUAAACAUUAAUAGUUACUUUGCUAUCUUUCUAUCAUCUGUCAAGGCUGCUUUGUAUUUAAUAUUUUGUAGCAAAGGAGAAGGAUUUAAUUAAACACAAAAAAGAAGGUUUAUUACCUACAGAUGCAGUGUUUAUCCAGUUAAUAUGACUGUUCUUAAAGUUAAGCUUCAUUCCCAAUAAACAAUUCCGUUUUGGAAGAAUUAAGGGAAUUCCAGUUGUACCAAAUUAUAAUAUGUCAAUUAUUACUCUAUUCGAUUCGAAUUACAAGAUACAGUGGAAUCUUAUUAUAUACCAUCUUUACAAGAAAUUGCACUGAUCUUAAUCACUAGAUUGCACAACUAGUAUUUACUAUAGCCUGUACUUGAUUAUUUUGGUAAAUCUAAUCAGAAAUCUGCAUUCAUCAGAGGGCACUUUUUUAGCCAUCGUGGGCAGUCUGCCCUUUUUUAGUGAUCUAUGUCCUUUUUGUGAAUGUGUCAUCAACGGUAAACAUGGGCGAGAUAUACUGCAUUAGCAGGGUAGUUAUAUUGUGUGUACAGUGUGAAUACUUAUUUUUUAAAAAUUAUUAUGAAAAUAUUAACCUUUACAAAAGAUCACAAUUUUUAAACAACAUAUUUGACUUAUAGAAUAGCUUUGUUUAUUAUCAGCUAAAACAAUUCUAUCAUUACACAAGUACAAGUAUAUAUAAUUUACUAUUAACUUGUUUUCCUUUCCUCAACCAGCAAUUAUUUAAAGUAUUUCAGUGUAAUCCAUGGUUACUUUCCAGGCAUUAAUACUCUCAUCUGUGUACAUUUUUUGCUUCAAAUCUGUUUUGCAGCCUUGACAGUAUCCUAGAAAACAAUCGUUGCAUUUUACCCUUUUAAUUAACUACUAUGAAUGCGCUAAGCAAAAUGAUUACAAUGUAUUUUGUUUUCUAGGACACAUUUUAUUGAUCUGUGUGUGUACAUGUACAGAAAUGUUUUUUUUUAGAAUCCCA